AUGGCUGAAAGACGUUGUGCUGCUAUUGCUGGUGAAGUUGAAGAACUUAGAACUGUUCUUGAACAGGCUGAACGAGCAAGGAAGGCUGCUGAAAACGAAUUGAAUGACGCAAGUGAUAGAGUCAAUGAACUAACAGCUCAAAACAGCUCCAUCCAGGGACAAAAGAGACGUUUGGAAAGCGACAUCGCUGCCAUGCAAGCUGAUUUGGAUGAGAUGAAUAACGAAUUGAGAACUUCUGAAGAACGUGGAAAGAAGGCUAUAAUGGAUGCUGCAAGAUUGGCUGAAGAACUUAGAAAUGAACAGGAACACAGCUUACAGAUUGAAAAACUUCGUAAAUCUCUUGAAGCUGCCAACAAGGAACUCCUAGUGCGCCUUGAUGAGUCUGAGGCCAAUGCUCUUAAAGGAGGCAAGCGAUUACUAGCCAAACUGGAACAAAGGGUCCGAGACCUUGAAGGCCAACUGGAGACCUCUCAAGCUAGAUACACUGAAAGUGAGAAGAACAUCCGCAAAUCUGACCGCCGUCUAAAAGAAUUGAUGUAUCAAGUCGAAGAAGACAAAAAGAGUCAAGAUCGUCUCCAGGAACUCAUUGACAAACUCAAUGGUAAAAUCAAAACCUACAAGAGACAAGUUGAAGAAGCCGAGGAAAUUGCUGCUGUUAACUUGGCUAAAUUCAGAAAGGUCCAGAGUGAGUUGGAAGAUGCUGAAGAGCGAGCUGAUUCGGCUGAAAGUCUUGCUGCUAAACUUAGAGCUAAGAAUAGAAGCAGUGUCUCUCAGCCACGAGCAUCCUCUACAUCCCGAGUUGGAAGAGCUGGCUCGGUUACACAGAAUUUUUAA